UCCGUAAAAUAAGCCUAGUUUAAAUAAAAACAAUUUUGUAAACAAAACCAAUGAAUGAAAACAGUAAACGCUGCCAAGGAAGCUGUCAAGGCGAUCUAUGAAAAUGUUCUAUCUACGCCGCCUAUUUAGUCAGGAGCUCUGUCCCGCCACCACGCAUAGUGAUCUGUUGGGCUGCCUGCAGCAAACACCACAACAGCUGUUGGCGGGUGGCUUUACCGGCGCGCCUGCACUUGAAAGCCUCUCCUGGUUACACAAUCUGGCGCCCUGCUUUCCACUGCGUGGCGAGCAAAUUCAGGUGAUUAAUGAACCCCAACACUUUUACCAAACGCUGAUGCAGCGCAGCAUCAAAGCGAAGCGACGCAUAGUGUUGGCCAGUCUCUACCUGGGCACUGGUCAGCUAGAGCACUCUCUUGUGCAAAAUCUGCGUCACAGUCUACAAGCACAAUCAUCACUUCAACUAAAUGUGCUGUUGGACUUUACUCGCGGUACACGUGGUGUGAGUAACUCCAAGACCAUGCUGAUGCCGCUGGUGCAUGAGUUUGGCAAGCAAGUGCAGCUUUCACUUUACCAUACGCCUGAUUUGCGGGGAAUGACAAAGCGUCUGGCGCCACCACGUUGGAAUGAGCUGUUCGGACUGCAGCAUAUGAAGGUUUACCUGUUUGAUGAUGCUGUCAUCAUCUCAGGUGCCAAUCUAUCGAAUGACUACUUUACCAAUCGUCAAGAUCGUUAUAUACUCAUUGAGGAUAAGCCGCUGGCGGAUUUCUAUGCGCAGUUCAUAGAGCGUGUGCAAGAGUUUAGCUUGGCUGUUAACGCUGAUGCUACAGAAGGACUGCAUCAUAAUUGGCGCAUACUACCCUACGAGGGCACUAAGGAGCAGUUCGUACGCUUGGCUAAGCAACGCAUCACAGACUUUGUGCAGGACGUUUACAAAAGACAAUUGGAAGUGCGUCAACAGCAGACCCAAGCGGAUACGUGGGUGUUUCCAUUGCUGGAAAUGGGACAAAUUGGCAUACAUCAUGAUAGCGUCGUGACCAAGCAGUUGCUUUCCAAGUGCAUAGCAGGCUCACGCCUAAAACUGGCCACUGGUUACUUUAAUCUGACGCAGGAGUAUAUGAACACAAUUACCCACAAUUGUCUGGCGCAGUGCAGCAUUCUUAUGGCGCAUCCCAAUGCCAAUGGCUUCCAAGGCGCUAAGGGACCAGCAGGUGGCAUUCCGGCUGCUUAUACACUCAUUGCCAAAAGUUUCUAUCAGAGUUUGGUGCGGCGCCAACAGCACCAUCGUGUGAACUUUUUCGAAUACGAGAAACCCGGCUGGACAUAUCAUGCCAAAGGAUUGUGGUACUAUUUGCCUGAAGCCCGCUUGCCGAAUUUAACUUUAAUAGGUUCCUCUAACUUUGGCGAACGAUCGGUAAAUCGUGAUCUAGAAACGCAAAUCUGCCUUGUCACCGCCAACAAUGACCUAAGUCAGCGUCUGCAGGCGGAGGCAGAUCGUCUCUAUGAUAUGUCAACAACAGCAGAACGUGAGAUUGUACAAAGAAGCGUGCCACGCUGGGUUCAAGCCGUAGUGCGCAUAUUUAGAAAUUUUUUCUAACUAAACAAAUUCUCCAAUCAUAGUUCAAUUUUGUUGCUAUUAGGGAGCAGUUACUAUUAGUAUAGCAAACGUGUGUCCUUUUCUACGUUGUGUUUGUGUGUAUUGCUGUAGUUAGCUGUUUUUAAUAAAUGAAAGCCGUUUAUAUUU